AUGGCUUUCCACGAUCAAACUCACAAAAACGGCACCGUUUCAAAGAAACCUAAACUCCUUCCCUCUCCAAUCACCGACGCCGAAAUCCAAUCGGAAUUCUCCCACCACGACCCCAACGUCGCGCGUCUCAACAACGGCGCCUUCGGUUGCUGUCCAUCCUCCGUCCUCGCCGCUCAACGUGAAUGGCAGUUCAAAUUCCUCCGUCAGCCAGAUCACUUCUACUUCAACUACCUCAAAAGAGGAAUCCUUCAUUCCCGAACCAUCAUCAAAGAACUCGUCAACGCCAACCACGUCGAUGAAAUCUCCAUCGUCGAUAACGCCUCCACCGCCACCGCAAUCGUCCUUCAGCAAGCCACAUGGGCUUUCCACGAAGGAAGGUUCACUAAAGGAGACGCCGUCGUCAUGCUUCACUACGCUUACGGCUCUGUUAAAAAAGCCAUCGAAGCGUACGUUACACGCGCCGGUGGAAGAGUCAUCGAGGUUUAUCUCCCCUUCCCGAUCACCUCCGAAGAUGAAAUCGUUCGUGAGUUUCGUCACGCGCUGGAGAAAGCAAAGACCGAAGGUAAUAAUAAUAAAGUUCGGUUAGCGGUUAUCGAUCACGUGACUUCCAUGCCUAGCGUGGUGAUUCCGGUGAAGAAGCUAGUUGAGAUUUGUAGAGAAGAAAGUGUUGAUCAGGUUUUUGUCGACGCGGCUCACGCGAUUGGAUGCAUCCCGCGCGUCGACAUGCAAGAAAUCGGAGCAGAUUUUUACACAAGCAAUCUGCACAAGUGGUUCUUUUGUCCUUCUUCGGUCGCUUUCAUCUACGCGCGUAAAUCGGUUAAUUCAGUUGAUUUGCAUCACCCUGUAGUGUCACACGAGUACGGAAAUGGACUAGCAAUAGAAAGUGCAUGGAUUGGGAACAGAGAUUACAGUGCUCAAUUAGUGGUUCCUAAUGUUAUGGAAUUUGUGAAUAGGUUUGAAGGUGGAAUUGAAGGAAUAAAAAAGAGGAAUCAUGAGUGUGUUAUUGAGAUGGGUGAAAUGUUGGUGGAAGCUUGGGGGACACAUCUUGGGACACCACAUCAUAUGAGUGCAAGUAUGGUUAUGGUUGGUUUGCCUCCUUGUUUGGGGAUUAUGAGUGAUUGUGAUGCUAUGAAUCUUAGGACAUAUUUGAGGGAGUUUUUUAAGGUUGAAGUUCCUAUUUAUUUUCGAGAUGGGGUUGGGGAAGUUGGAGGUGUGACUGCGUAUGCUAGGAUUUCUUAUCAAGUGUAUAAUAAAGUUGAGGAUUAUUAUAAGUUUAGGGAUGCGAUUAACAAGCUCGUAAGUGGUGGGUUCACUUGUGCUGAUCUUUCCACUUCAACUCCUGGUACUCUGCUCUUGUAA